UCACUCUUUGAACGCCAGGGUAUGGCAGCACACUCGGGGGUCCUUGCGGGAGCUGACAAGCCCCACGUUUCACUGCGCAAAGGAAUUCCACGGACAAAAUCUGUAGGUGAAGAUGAGAAACUUGCUGCGUCUUUGCUAGAUGGGAAGUUUCCCCGGAGCACAUCGAUGCAAGACACUGUUAGGGAAGGACAUGGGAUUCCACCACCACCUCAAACAGCCCCACCCCCACCUCCUUCUCCAUAUUACUUUGACACAGGGCCCCCUCCAUCAUUCUCACCACCUCCACCCCCAGGAAGAGCUUAUGAUACCAUAAGAUCAAGCUUUAAGCCAAGCCUGGAGGCUAAACUCCAUGGACUCCCACAGGUCAUUAGUGCAGCUGAGAUGUAUGAUCAGGCAAGGACUUCCAUUCCUUACCCUGAAAGGCAGAAGAGGGCCCGAUCCAUGAUAAUCCUACAGGAUUCCUCUCAUCUUCCCGUGGAGCCGACAGAGAUCCCCCGGCCUGGCCCAUCUGCAACCCCUCCAGAGAAGCUGAAGAGGAAGGGGAGAGUGAUUGACAACCCUUAUGCCAACAUGGGUCAGUUCAAUGUCAGCCUGUUUGCUCCCACCAAGCCACAGAGGAAGAAGAGUCCUCUUGUUAAGCAGUUACAAGUGGAGGAUGCACAGGAGAGAGCAGCACUGUCCAUCACCGGAGGCUUUACAAGGGAGCCCUCUCCCACCCGCAGGAGCCAUCGCCUGAGUGGAGUGGAAUAUCAGCACCACACCGGCAUUGCUCAGGUUGAAGCCACAAGCAUCCCCUUUGCCACUGCCAUCGCUGGAGUCAUGAAGGACAGAGACCGUCGUCUGGAUGAGAGGCGGAAAUCCACUGUCUUCCUCUCGGUUGGGGCCAUUGAAGGAAGCCCCCCCAGCAGCGACAUGCCAUCCUUGCAGCAGUCCAGGUCUAUUGAUGAGCGGUUGUUAGGAAGCCGAGAUGUACUACUGCCUUCCCCUGUCUCAGCUUUAAAGCCAUUAAUUAGCAGCUCAUCCUCAACGUUCAUACACCCCCUAACAGGAAAGCCCUUGGAUCCAAACUCACCACUGGCGCUUGCGCUGGCCGCAAGGGAACGGGCCCUCUCAACUCAAGUCCCAUCCCGGUCGCCCACCCCAAUCCACAGCCCAGACUCAGACAGAGCAGCACCCCUGUUUGUGGACAUCCAAACCAAAGAACCAGAGAGGGCGGAGUUGGAGAGCUUGGUGUCCCCUGCGUACUCACCUGGAGGCAAAGGGUGGGGGACUCCGUCCACACUGAGAAAAGAAACUGAGGCAAGAGCAGAAACACCUGGGAAGGAGGAGAAGAAACAAGAAGACAAGAAGUCCAUGAUUAUUAGCAUAGUGGAUACAUCACAGCAGAAGACCGCUGGCCUCAUCAUGGUUCAUGCCACAAGUAAUGGCCAAGACGAGAUAGGACUUGAGAUAAAAGAGGAGAAACCAGCUGUCCCUGAAGUAUGUACGGAGCCAGCAGAGUCCCCCAAAGCAGAGACCCAGCCCAGUCCCGUGGGAAAGCCUCCAGUCAGUCCAGCCUCUGACAAGACGUUGGGACAAGGGAGUUCGGAGGAAGAAGUGGAGCCCUACACGGUUACCCUCCCACCAGCUCAGUUGUCUUCAAGUGAUGAAGAGACCAGGGAGGAGCUGGCCAAGAUAGGGCUGGUGCCUCCACCAGAUGAGUUUGCAAAUGGGGUACUGGUCACCACCCCUGGCACACCAGUCAGCCACUUGGCUACGCCUAGCACGCCAUCCAUACCAGCGGCAGCAGUAGCACCUUCUACCACUGGCGGAACACCCUCAGGGAAGCCCUCUGAUGCCCCCGUAGCCCCAGAGUCUGCUGCAGACUCGGGAGUGGAAGAGGUGGACACCAGAAGUUCAAGUGACCAUCACCUGGAGACCACAAGCACCAUCUCUACGGUCUCCAGCAUGUCUACGUUGUCCUCAGAAAGCGGGGAGCCUACUGACACAUACACUUCCUUUGCGGAUGGACAAACUUUUAUACUCGAGAAGCCACCAGUGCCUCCAAAGCCAAAACUCAAGUCCCAGCUCAGCAAGGGGCCAGUUACUUUCAGGGACCCACUUUUGAAGCAGUCUUCGGACAGCGAGCUCAUCUCCCAGCAACAUGCGGCCACUCUGGCAUCAGCCAGCAUUGGCCGGCCACGCUACCUCUUUCAGAGAAGGUCCAAGCUAUGGGGGGACCCCAUGGAGAGCAGGCCAAUCCAUGGGGCUGAUGAUGACAAGCCAACUGUGAUCAGUGAGCUAAGUUCCCGACUACAGCAACUGAAUAAGGAUACACGAUCACUGGGGGAGGAACCAGCCGGGUCCGCGUUAGAUCCCGGGAAGAAGUCACCUGUGGUCGCGGCACGGUAA